GGAUAGUUGAACUAACGCGCGGUAAAAAACGUGCGCUUUUCGUUUCACGAUUUUGCUGAAAUUCGAGACGCCUACAUUUGUUUUGAAAACGGGAAUCCAAGAAUGAACGCUUCAUUGCUGAACGUCCGUGAGCGAUUGCUUCGGCUGGUCGCCGUAACGAAAGAUUUACGGCAGUCAGGGCGUUUGGUGCGGGACUUACGAUGAGCGAGUUGAAGAGCGUUCCCGUCGUUGACGUUACGAAGGACAACAUCGCCGAUAUAUGGCCCUCUUUAGUGCUCGCCGUGAGGACGUCUUUCUUUGUGGCUAUAGAUCUGGAACUAAGUGGCAUCGGAAAAAGGAAAGAUAUCAAUGCCAAGUCCGUCGAUGAUCGAUACGCUGCAAUGUCUCGGGUAGCCGACACGAGAGCGAUCAUAUCUAUAGGUCUUUCGUGUUUUCGCCAGGAUUCCAGAUCGGCGGAAACCGGCCCGCUCACGUUCACCGUUCAGACGUUCAACAUACUUGCACUGUGCCAGGAUAAUUACAUCGUCGAGCCUGCAUCACUGCAGUUCCUUAUCAGUCAUGGCUUCGACUUCAACCGGCAGUACUCCCUUGGCGUUUCCUACUACCGAGGCAAUGAUCGUCCCAACAAUCCUGAGGACAGGGCGCAUUCCCUUCGCAAGCUCUUCUCUGUGCUCAUCGUGCAUCGAAAGCCCAUUGUCGUCCACAAUGGUUUCAUGGACGCAGUGUUCCUUUACCACAGUUUGUAUUCGGCAUUGCCUCCAUCUCUGCAGACAUUCUUAGCCGACUUGAAUGACUUGUUCCCUGGUCGGAUCUAUGACACCAAGUAUAUAGCAGAAGCCAAAGCAUCCCUACCAGCGUCGUACCUGGAGUAUGUCUUCCGCAAUAGGCAAAGAGAUAAUGCUUUGAAGGAGGCAAAGGGCCGACAGUUUGUCAGCGUCAAUUUCCUCCAGUACAACCAGGAAUACUCAAUCGACCAUGGAAAUUGCGCACUGAGGCAGGAGCCAAUCAAGAUGUCCCCAGAUAUCUGCAAGAAUUUCGCUAGGUACGGCUGGUGCAGUAAGGGCGACCAAUGCUGUGCCUCGCACAACGUCGACGACAUCCUCGAUGCCCAAGCGUGCAAGCGCCGCCGCCGCAACCGAAACAAGCAGUCGUUGAACGGAGAGGCUACCAACGUCUCAGACUCUGAGCACUCAACCAUCGACCUGACGGCCAUAGAAGAGGACGAGGCGGACUCCGCCCUUCCUGAAGAUGUUUCAAACAGGGACCGCAAAUUCACGACGGGGUUGCACAGGGCAGGCUUCGAUGCAUUCAUGACAGGGUACGCGUUCGCAACGUUUGUGCUGUCGUACGCGAAGCGUCGUCCCACAGGCGUUCUCGAUGCGCAGGAGUUGGGCCUCGAUGAGCUAGUCAACAAACUGUGUCUCAGCGGCAAGACGGCACCCUUGCUUGUUAGAGAGUCGAACUUUGCUAAACGCAGUGCUAAGCACAUUGAAAAGUUUAAGGCUCUCUUUGGCGAUAAGUAGCUAGUUGCGCAUUCAUGAUUUUUUUUCUCCUGUAAAUGAUUACCCUCACGAAAAAAAAAAAAGUGACAUUGCGAAUGAUGCAGUUAGGAACGCCAAAAUAUAACGAUUUCGAUGUUUGUCAUUCGACUGUUCAUCGGAAUUGUGAACUGUUUACAAGUGCAUGUCAAAGGUUCGAUAUCGAUAUUCGUACUGUCAUCUUUUGCCAAGUGUGUUGCUCAUUGAAAGCUUGUUUAGUUAUCUUAUUCGCAGAGUUUACUGUCGACAGAAUAGAUGUUUUUUGUUAAUUUGCUUAACAGCACUUCCAUUAUGCCACAUUUUGUAAAUAAAGUUGUCUGUGGUGUAACUCUUAA